UGCACACACAUUUAGUCAACAUCUUCUGAUGUCACUCAUCUUCAAAUGUGCCAAAGGGUGGCGAAACAACAACAUCAUAUACAAAAUACGUUUUGUGACGACUCGAGUUCUUAUAUUCCCAUUGAUGGCAGUGGCGUACAUCGUACUUCCUUGCUGGAAUUCAUCCAUAACGAUGAAAGAACCACUGAUAAAAUUUAUCAACCACACAGUAGCGUUUGUAAUAUUUCUCUUGCUCCUGGCCCUCUCGUCCACCCAGUCUCUAAAACUACGAGCCGGUGACACACCAAGUGGUUUGGAAUUCCUGAUAAUAUGUUAUGUUUUGGGUCUGAUGUGGUCAGAAUACAAGCAACUUUGGAGCGAGGGACUACUGCGCUAUUUGUCCAGCGGUUGGAACUGGAUGGACCUAUCUAUGUUGCUCAUGCUAUUCGGCGCUUUUUUUAUUUGGACGACAGUAGCGAUUAAAGCCUCGUUCUCGAGCUCGAAUUACACCGAGCAGUUAAAGAUGAUCAUAAGCAUCGCAGAUGGUUUUUACGCAGCAGGAAUCGUCAUGAGUUUCUUUCGACUGAUCUAUUUGUGUCAAAUUAGCCGCUAUCUGGGUCUUCUCCAACUCUGUUUGAGCAGAAUGGUACGCGUUAUUGCCCAGUUUGCUUUCAUAAGUUGUGUCGUAUUGUGGUCAUUCUCAAUAGGAAUGCACAUGCUCUACAACUCCUCGAAACACUAUCCAAGCAAGAACUCGACAAGACAGUCGUUUACCAAUAACAAUAACAUAACAAACAUAGAAGAAAACGGUUUUAUUGGCUUGUCAUGGCAUGGUGACUACAAUGGGUUAUUGAACAGCGUUGUUACAAUGUCGUGGGCAAGUUUCAAUAUGAUCGAAUUAACGAGUUUGAAAGCGUUUGACAACACCAACAUGAUCCAGUUUUGGAGUGCUGCAUUGUUUACGGUCUAUCAUGCUUCAACGAUGAUCGUUCUUCUAAAUAUGCUUAUUGCAAUGAUGGCCAAUUCUUAUCAACAAAUUGAGGACAACAUCGAAAUCGAAUACAAGUUCGCCAGAGCCCAGAUGUGGGUGGAAUUCUUCGACGACGUCGCGACACUUCCUACUCCGUUCAACAUCAUUCCGACACCCAAAACGAUUUACAGAAUAUUUUACCUGAUCAUCGAAAAGAUUUGGGGCAAAUCUUGGGGCAAAUCGUAUCACGUUAAGAAGCGUUUCUCCCUGCAUCGUGCAGGCACUAUUGAUAGCAGUCAGAGGAAGCAAGCCUAUUUGAAACUUAGUGCGCAACUGGUGAAACGUUAUCUGGCAAAACGCAGUUUGAGUGAGAAGAGAACGGAUGCAGACAGCGGAAUGCUUCAAGCUAUUGAAUCAAGCAAGACCGAAUUACGACAAACAUUAAAAGAAAUAAUAAAAUUUAUCGAGCUUCGAAAGAAAAAGGAAAAUAAAUGAGGCAUGUUUUUAUCAGAGCACACUUUAAUACAUGUUUAAACCUUUA